UAUGCAAUAUUUUUAGCAAUUUUGCUGCUAUUAGAAAUGACUGCUGGAAUUUUGGGUUUUAUUUUUAAAGAUUGGAUAAAAUCUCAAGCAACUGGGGGAUUUCAAGCAUUUAUUAUCCAUUACCGGGAAGAUCCUGAUCAACAAAAUUUAAUUGACUGGAUACAAGAACAAUGGUUGGAAUGCUGUGGAAUAGAAGGACCUAAAGAUUGGGACAUGAAUAUUUAUUUCAACUGUUCUAGUAUUGAAGUAGGAAGUCGAGAAGCUUGUGGUGUGCCAUUUUCUUGUUGCAAACCACAACCCAAUGAAAUUAUAAAAAACAAACAGUGUGGAUAUGAUGUAAGAAAAUCAGAAUAUUUUAUACAUCCUGAUCAACAAAAUUUAAUUGACUGGAUACAAGAACAAUGGUUGGAAUGCUGUGGAAUAGAAGGACCUAAAGAUUGGGACAUGAAUAUUUAUUUCAACUGUUCUAGUAUUGAAGUAGGAAGUCGAGAAGCUUGUGGUGUGCCAUUUUCUUGUUGCAAACCACAACCCAAUGAAAUUAUAAAAAACAAACAGUGUGGAUAUGAUGUAAGAAAAUCAGAAUAUUCUGUGGAUAAGUCUGCAGUCAUAUAUGAGAAAGGAUGUUUAAGGGCUGGAGAAGAAUGGAUAGAAGCUAAUUUAGUACCUGUUGCAGGUGUAGCUGUGGCAGUAGCUGUUUUACAAAUUUUAGGCAUUUGUUUUGCUCAGAAUCUGAGAGCUGAUAUAUUUGCACAGAAAGCAAAAUGGCAAUGACAUUUACUUUCCCAGAGAGUUUGAAAUAUUCAAACUCCAAAUAUUGACUGUAAAAUACACAAUGCCAGUAAGAGUUAAUUUUUAUCAACAAUAACAACUAUGGGAACAAUGCCAUACACAGAAUGAAUAAUAAUUUCAAUCUGUGUUCCCCUUGUAAAAUAUCUUCAAAACACAACUAGUCUCACUUGCUGUCUUUCAUAAUCAUUUAUUACCAAAUAUGAGAUUAUCUCAUUGUCGGUAUUAAUUUUAAAAUGAAACAUAUAAAAACAACAAUAAUGAUUCUUAAAAAUAAUAGCCAAUUAGGUUAAAAGCAUUUUUAGGUAUUUUUAAAUUAUUCUUAUA